GUACAUGCUAACAAAAACCUAGCAGUUCAGAGCAUCAAUGUUGUGUUUUUUAGCUCUCCUAAAGGUUUUUGUGCUCUGAAAUGUCUUAAGGAGGCGGUUGCUUUAGCGCUUUUGGUGGGACUUUAAGAGAAUCAGCAGAAGAUGAUAGAACCACAGCUACUGACCGAGGUCCCUGCAGCACUUAAGCGGCUGGCCAAGCAGGUCGUAAGGGGUUUCUAUGGGGUGGAUCACGCCUUGGCCCUGGAUGUGCUGAUCCGCAACCCAUGUGUACGUGAGGAGGACAUGCUGGAGCUGCUCAAGUUUGACCGUAAACAGCUGCGCUCCGUACUCAACACACUGAAAGCUGACAAGUUUGUCAAGUGCCGCAUGAGGGUUGAGACGGCUCCCGAUGGCAAGACAACACGACACAACUACUAUUUCAUCAAUUACAGGGUACUGGUAAAUGUGGUCAAGUAUAAAUUGGAUCACAUGCGACGACGCAUUGAGACGGAUGAGCGAGACUCCACCAACCGUGCCUCCUUUCGGUGCCCCUGCUGUUUCUCCACCUUCACUGACCUAGAGGCCAACCAGCUGUUUGACCCGAUGACAGGUACAUUUCGCUGCACCUUCUGCCAGACUGAGGUAGAAGAAGAUGAGUCUGUCUGUCCUGACGCCAGGACACCAGUGGCACGCUUCAAUGAGCAGAUUGAACCCAUCUACGCACUGCUACGCGAGACUGACGAUGUCAACCUGUCUCAUGAUCUGCUGGAGCCAGAGCCUUGUGAAAUCCCUGCCCUCAAACAGAGCCGUGAACGCUCUGCAGCAGCAGGAAACGCUGCAGCCGGCCCACACCGUGAAGCCUGGUCCAACAAAGGCUCGUCCUACGCCGACCUGUACACCCAGAAUGUGGUCAUCAGUAUGGAGGAGCAGGAAGAGCAGCUGAAACAGGCCAAUGAGGGCAAGGCACCCAAAGAGAGACCCGUCUGGUUGACCCAGAGCACUGUGCAAGGGGCUUACAACGAGCCUGAUAUGCUCAAGAAUCGUGGAGAAGUUGUACCCGGAGCCCAGGAUGGAGCAGCUAGUCUUGGAAUGGGCCAGGCAGAUGAAAAUGAGGAGGUAAUGCGUGCCCUGCUCAUACAUGAGAAGAGGGGCGCGGCAGCAGCAGCUGGAGGCGGAGCCAGCGCUGCGGCCAAGGGGCUAACCUCCGCCACGGCUAAUGCCAGCGACUCAGACAGCGACACCAGCGAAUCAGAUGACGACUCUCCUGCAGUUCCUCCCGCUGCCACAGCUGCUAAGUUUAGGGGCGCGGAGGAGGAGGAGGAUGAUGAUGAAGACUUUGAGGAAGUGGGAGAUGAACCGAUGGUGAUGGUGGGAGGCCGGUCGUUCUCAUACAGAGAAGUGAGCCAGAGGCCAGAGCUGGUGGAGCAGAUGUCUGCACAGGAGAAGGAGGCCUACAUCGAAAUGGGACGAAACCUCUUCCAGGAUAUGUACUUGUACUGAACACACACACACACACAUGUAUUUACACACACGCAUACAC